CUUCCCAACUGGUAUUUCUUCGGGAUAGCAUGGUUACGUGAAGGCCACAAAAGUACUAUUAAUAAAGUAAAAAAAAUACUAACAGUAUUCUAGAUGAACCAGAGUGGAAAGUAGUUUGAGUGGCCGUGAGUUAUCUUGACGUGCCUGUGUACUCUUUGUGCCCACCUGUAGCUAGGAUACUUAGCCCUCCUCUGCUGCCGGGCUCAGGACGCCAUUGGCGGAUGAGUGAUGGGGGAUGUACCGCUCCUCUGGAAGUCAGCCCCUGGCAACAUAUGCGCGGUUGGAGACCAGCGACGACGAUAACUAUCAACUUGAAGGAGUCCCCGCACACUCCUGUUUAGUUUUCUUCCAGGAGGGUUCACCGACAUGGACUUCGCCGAGGAGUCGUCGCCCGCCUUGGCGUUCGAGAAGGAGGCUUUGGAGCUGACGGUUGAGGACGUGUACGACAUCUCCUACGUCAUCGGACGAGACUUGUUGAGGAUCAGCCACAGCGGCGAGGAAGUGUCCGACCUCCAGUUCAGGAUAGUCCGCGUUUUGGAGAUGUUCGAGACCAUGGUCAACAAGUACAACUUGUCCCUGGAGGAGCUGAAAAUGGAGCGGGACAACCUGAAGACCGAGCUGGACCGCAUCGUCACGGAGACAUCCACAGGCCAGGGAACGCAAACAGUGGGACAGAACCAGCUGGUGGUUGACCUGAGUGACCCCAACAGGCCGCGCUUCACCAUGCAGGAGCUGAAGGAGGUUCUGCAGGAGAGGAACCAGCUGAAAGCCCAGCUCAUGGUGGCCCAGGACGAGCUGCAGCUCUACAAGAGUGGAAUUCUGUCACCGGGCCAAGCUGCCAUGGUGGAAGUGGACCUGGACCCACCAGAAACUCCAGGAAACGGUUCAACGAGGACGAACCAUUCGAAAGAAGAGAAGACAACCAUCAGUAAACUGUUUUCAUUUCGACGGAAAUAAAGAAGACAACGCCAACGAGCCAUGAGGAAGACAAACUGGAUUUUGUUGACAGGUUUCUCAAUGGUUUAACAACCACUUUUAUAUUUUUGUACUCUAUAUUUUACUUGUAAUGCCAACAAGGUAUAUAUAAAUCUACUGUGUAAUCGACCAGCUCACUGGACACUUCAUUAGGAACACCUUUGCACUGCAACGAGCUGGUUUACACUUGUUUUAUUGUAGUUCGUAUCAAAGUUGAGAGCCAUUCUCACUAUUGUUGGUUACCUUAUUUAGCUAUCUAAAAGGGGGAGAAUAUUAGACAUCGCUGAGCAAAGUACCAACAAAAUAAAACCUUCUCAAAAGUCCCAUAUUACACGAUUUUAUGUUAUUUUCAAUGUCUCAGAAGUCCCACUAAGGCACACUGCAAAAACUGAAAUCUAAGUAAGAUUAUAAAUAUCUCAAAUAAGGGUGAUAUUUGCUUAUUUUCUGUCUGAUAAGAUAAUUCUUCUCACUAAGCAGAUUUUAUGUUGGAGUGUUUUACUUGUUUUAAGUGUUUUGGUCCGAAAUUAUCUCAGUAAGAUAUUACAGCUUGUUGCUGAGAUUUGAUGAUCUAUAUUGAGUAAAACAUGCUUGAAACUAGAAUAUCAACUGUUGCAAAGCUGUGUCAUCAACACUCACAAGUAGGGAUGUCCGAUAAUAUCGGCCUGCCGAUAAAUGCGUUAAAAUGUAAUAUCGGAAAUUAUCGGUAUCUGUUUUUUUAUUAUCUGUAUCGUUUUUUGUUUUUUUUUAAUUAAAUCAACAUAAAAAACACAAGAUACACUUACAAUUAGUGCACCAACCCAACCCAUUUCUUUCUGUUAUCAAUAUUCUGGUUCCUACAUUAUAUAUCAAUAUAUAUCAAUACAGUCUGCAAGGGAUACAGUCCGUAAGCACACAUGAUUGUGCGUGCUGCUGGUCCACUAAUAGUACUAACCUUUAACACUUAAUUUUACUCAUUUUCAUUCAUUACUAGUUUCUAUGUAACUGUUUUUAUAUUGUUGUACUUUCUUUUUUAUUCAAGAAAAUGUUUUUAAUUUAGUUAUCUUAUUUUAUUUUAUUUUUUUAAAAAGUACCUUAUCUUCACCAUACAUGGUUGUCCAAAUUAGGCAUAAUAAUGUGUUAAUUCCACGACUGCAUAUAUCGGUUGAUAUCGGUAUCGGUAAUUAAAGAGUUGGACAAUAUCGGCAAAAAGCCAUUAUCGGACAUCCCUACUCACAAGUAUAAAACUACUUUUUUAAAGUAAUCAUUUCUUCAAGCAUGAAAAAACAAAUCAUGAUGCCAAGCGCAUAUCAUUAUGUCAAGAUAAUGGCACUAGCAUUUACUUAAUUUAAGAAUAUUUUUCAACAUAUUGAGCAAAAAGGUCUCUUUUUUUUUUCCUACCAAGAAAAGUGCACUUAUUAGUGAGAAUAUACUUAUUUUAAGGUAUUUUUGGGUUCAUUGAGGUUAGCUAAUUCGACUUGUUUUGGAAAGUCUUGACAAGCCAAAUUUUCUUGUUCUGUUGGCAGAUAAUUUUGCUUAGUUCAAAUAAAAUACCACCAAAUUUUUGUAUUUUUUUGUUUUGUUUUUGAACACUGACUUUUUGCAGUGCAUCUAUGCAACAUUUUGACCAACCACCAUUACAUGUUAUACAGACCACAAAGGAGUGUCUAAAAUGUAGGGAAAAAAAUUAGGCCCCCUUUUAAGACGUCUAGUAAAGCUUCUUAAAACUUUCUGACAUCAUGAAAAAGCCACAAUUUCAAUUGAGUGUUUAAGCGUCUAUUCUCGUCAAAGUGGAGCAAACAAGUGAGGCAGAAAUUGUUUUAUAUUUGGUGCUGGUAAAAAAUGCGUAUUACUAUUAGAACAUUAGUAAUGCAGGACACUUCAAUGAGUCCAUCCUCUCUAUACCAAGCAUUCUUACAGCUCUUGUAUGGGAUAACAUUCAAUGUGUACCUAAUGAAGUGUCUGAAAACUUUGGCUUAAAAUGUUGCACAGUGAUGUUAUUAGCUUUGCAGAUCGUCUCAAACUUGAUACAUUCCAAAUGAAAAUAAAACCAUGCGCUGGGGAAUGUUUCUUUAUCUUAAUUUCUAGUGUGGAAAUCAAUUCGAUACUA